AUGAAAGUGGAAUGGGGGAAGCUGAUAAUUGAAAAGAGAUUUGGAGGCAAGAAGAAGGUCAGCCCUCGGAUACAAAGAUGCUCUGCCACCGAAUACAGUGGGAUGGAGAAGCUGUCUGAAGAACUGUCGAUAAGAAACAAGAAAAUAUCUGGAGGAAGGCCUGCCGGCGUCAUGGAGGAGCCGGAAGAUCAGAGUGAGGUGGACAUUGCAGUAGAACGGCUUAUGCCGGCACUCGACUUCUCGAGAACAAUCCCUCCGCGCACCCCGCAUGAGGAAGUGGGAAAGGAAAUAUUCAAGGAAGUUGAAAAGAAGGUCUUUGACCUGUGGAAAGGACGGCAAAAACACAGUGUGUUUGAAAGAAAUAUAGAAAUAUGGAGACAACUGUGGAUUACCUGUGAGAGAAGCGAUGUCAUCAUACAGAUAGUUGAUGCAAGGAAUCCAAGGUUCUUUCUCAACGAUGAUGUUCGCAAGCUUUAUCCAGGAAAGGAGCAUGUUCUUCUGGUCAACAAAGCGGACCUGUCCCCGAGUAGGACGGUGAUAGAAGGAUAUAGAUGCUUUUAUUACUCAGCUCUGGAUGACAACAGAUUGUUGGAGUUCAUCCUGGAAUAUAGGGGGAAAACAGUUGGAUUCGUGGGAUAUCCCAAUGUCGGAAAAAGCAGUACGAUAAACUCGAUAAUGAACAGCAAGCGGGUAAAGGUAAGCCAAACACCGGGAAAGACCAAGCACAUCCAGACAAUACAGGUGGAAAGCGGACCAUGCCUACUAGAUUGUCCUGGACUGGUCUUUCCGGGACACGAUAAAAUCAGCCUGAUACUCCACGGAAUACUGAAUGUCGACCAACUGCUCGACCUGAACAGCAGUCUGGAUUACAUUGUGGAAUUCAUCGGGAUCAAUAAGCUUUGUAGAUUCUACUCGCUGAGAGGAUUCUAUAACGACUCAAGACAGUCCAAAGGCGCCAACUAUAUAAAUCUGAUGUCUACGACAAAGGGAUGGACGGCAAGCAGAUGCCUCAAGACAAUCGUCAAGGACUUUGCUUCCGGAAAGAUCCAUUAUGACAAAGCUGACGGGGAUGACCCAGAGGCCAUGUUCGAUUGGUAUGAGAAGGAGGUCAUCAUGUAG